AGGCGUAUCAGCUGAUCAUUUCCCAGUGAGGUUCAAUAUGGCGGCGUCGGGAGUACCCAACCUGUGCUGAAAAUGUGGAGCUCGGGCUUGACAGGGAGCCCAUAAAGUCACACCACGAUUGCAGCGUAAGGAACAUAAUGGUAGCCUGCAGGCCUCAAAGAGCAUCAGGGAGUUUCAGUCAGAAGACGUUCUUCUGGCAAAGGCAUGGAGGAUGAACAGCUGCAAGAGAUGAAAAUAGAUAGUGCUGAUCUGAUGCAAAAUGUGGCUCAGUCACCUAAAGCAGAGACCAGUGGUAGCUGUGAGUCCAUGCAAAAUGGCAAAACCCUGAUUACAGAAGGGAAGGCAAGAAUAAUUUUCCCAAGUGCCAAUGAAGUCUUCUACAACCCUGUUCAGGAGUUCAACAGAGACCUCACGUGUGCAGUCAUUACAGAAUUUGCUCGUCUGCAGCUUUCAUCAAAAGGGAUUCGGAUUGCUGUCCCUGGGGAGGAAAAUAGCUCUAAAGUGGUGGUGGAUCUCUCAAAGGGAGAGAAAGACGAUGACUUGGAACAGCAUCUUUCUGAUGAUCAGCUGCAGGAGGAAGGUCAUAAAGUCGCAGCAGUGGGAGAAGUCUGCCAGGAUGGGCUGAGAGUGCUGGAGGCCUUGGCUGCUUCUGGACUACGCUCAAUUAGGUUUGCCAAGGAGGUUCCUGGCCUUCGCAGCGUGGUGGCUAAUGAUUUCUCUUCCAAGGCUGUGGAACUCAUCACCCAAAAUGUUCAGCUUAAUGAUGUGGGUCACCUGGUGACUCCAAGCUUUUCAGAUGCCCGGAUGGUGAUGUAUCAGAGUAAGGCAGACAAAGCACUCUUUGAUGUAAUCGAUCUGGACCCAUACGGCAGCCCUUCCACUUUUCUGGAUGCUGCAGUGCAGGCGGUCAGUGAGGGAGGUCUCCUGUGUGUCACAUGUACUGAUAUGGCUGUAAUGGCUGGGAACUCUGGGGAGACCUGCUACAGCAAGUACGGGGCCAUGUCAAUCAAGGCCAGGUUCUGCCAUGAAAUGGCCUUGCGGAUUAUCUUGCACAGUCUUGACCUGCGUGCCAACUGCUACCAGCGUUACAUUGUCCCACUCCUAUCUGUCAGUGUUGAUUUUUACAUUCGUGUUUAUGUCCGGGUCUUCACCGCACAGUCCAAGGUCAAAGCAUCUGCCAGCAAGCAGGCCUUGGUCUAUAAUUGUGUGGGCUGUGGUUCCUUUCAUAUACAGAGACUUGGCAAAAUGGCUCACAAUGGAAACAAUAUCAACUACAAGGCUGCCUGUGGGCCUCCUGUGGGCCCUUCCUGUGAACACUGCCAUCAACGCCACCAGCUGGCUGGCCCUUUCUGGGCGGAGCCUCUCCACGAUGUGGCCUUUGUCCAGCAAGUCCUCUCAGCUAUUGGGAGCAACCCAGGACGCUUCCAAACAGGCCAGAGGAUUCAGGGCAUCCUGAGCAUGGCGCUGGAGGAACUCAGUGAUGUUCCUCUUUAUUAUACCCUUGAUAAUCUCAGCAAAACCGUCCACUGCAGCAGUCCUUCCUUGCUGCAAUUCAGAUCGGCUCUCCUCCAUGCUGGUUACCGGGUGUCGCUCUCACAUGCCUGCAAGAGUGCCAUCAAGACAGAUGCACCGCCGCCAGUGGUUUGGGACAUCAUGCGCUGCUGGGAGAAACUCAACCCUGUGAAGCGAGAGCGCCUGUCCGAGAGCAGCCCAGCUGCCCGCAUUCUCUCCUUAGAGCCCAAGUUGCAGGCAUCCUUCACGGUACGGGCAGAUGCUAACCCUAGCUCACGAAAACAGGGCCUGAAAAGAUUCCAGUUGAAUCCAGAGCGCUUCUGGGGGCCGAAAGCAAGAGCCAAAGCUGGGGGAGGGGUUUCUUCCAAUCUCCAGGAGAAGAGAAAGCUACACCAGAACAAGAGGAAGGCAUGUGGAGAAGAGAGCGACGGGGCCCACUUGAAGAAUUUCCCCUGCAAAAGGUUCCGGCAGGGUAACUGUUCACUUGGAGACAAAUGCCGUUACUCUCAUGAAACAGAAAAAGAGACAGAGCCAAGGGAUGCAUCAUGACGAAAUUGUUUCCAGAAUACCUGCUUGGGUUUGACUUUUGUUAUAAGGGAGAGUCUUUAUUUUAAAAUGAUUGUCCCUUGGUUGUCUGCCUGUUAUUAAAUAAGAAUGAUAUCUUUUAA